AUGUCUCAAGAGAGUGAAGACUCUCCAGAGGUCGAGCGGCAGGCUCUAAACCCCUCCAACUCUCGGCCUACAUCGACUCCAUCAACCGCACAAUUGCAGGGGAACAACCAGCCGCCUUCCGGUGACACCAAUCGUCCCUUCUUUCGAAUAGCAGGUCGACAUCAUUUGGCCACACCCAUUCCAUCUCCAACUCGGUCAAUUCAACGAGAGAUCGUAUCACCUCGACCCAGAUUACCUUCCUCGAUAUCCACUCUACUCAAUCAAUCUGAGCUCUGUUCACCACCACUCAAUCCAGUUAGACCUCAACGAGGUCGAGAAUCGUCUCACCUCGAUGUAGAUAUCCGAUUCGACCAAGCUUGCGAAUACAGCGGCAUUCAUUCCACUCGUCUGAUAUCGUUCGUCCCACACUCCCACCUAGACAGAACGUUCAGACAUUCCCCCCUAGUCGCAGUCGCCCCACCUCCCCUCCUCAAACCAUCCACGGGCACAGCUCACGGAGGUAUGAGCGCAGUCUUCCUCAUCUAUCGGAAACGUCGAUUGGACAAGUACUAUCUCCUCUCAGGCCGCAAUUCCCUAUGGGAAUCACCGAUGAAGACCAUUCAAGCUACCCAAGGCCGCUCGAUCGAAGAUCAUACCCACAAGAGAUGCAUAGAAGUGCUACCUAUCCGUCUCAAGCAAGUUGGCGCGCCUCUCUCAGAAGGUUGGAUGACUGAAGCUCGAACACCCUCGCGUGAUAGAUCGGGGUGGACACAAUCUGAGAUAGCUCGGUAUCAAGAGGGGUAUAACGAUGCUAUGAGUGUCAUGCUGAGCGGAACAGGUAUUGGCGGGGCCGAUGCAGGGCACCGAAUAAAUAUGCAUGAUCGUCGACAAACAGUAUAUCAACAGCCAGUAAUCUCUGUGCAUCCUCAUCCUACAGUCGAUGUUCCUCCUCCGCAACCUCCUCAGGUAUAUCAUCAGCAACCGCGAUAUCGGAAUGAGAGCCUCAGGAUCGAUCCAUCCCUACAACGACCAGCGACUCACCGACGACAAAGCCAAUCUUCUUCAAAUAUCCCCACUCCUACUGUGUCAACACCGCUAAACAAGGUCCAUCCUCCUCCCGCAUCCGACUACUUUGGCAGAGCUUUCCAUCACUCCCAUCCUGGUUCUUCGGAUCAUCCUCCUGCUAAAAGACCUAAAAGACAACAGAUCUCCUGUUAUCCCUGUCGACAGCGGAAGUUGAGAUGCGAUGGCAAGACACCUUGUGCCCAGUGUUCUCGAAGGCAUAUCGAUGGUCAAUGUCGUUAUGCCGAUAGGAUCAGGAGGAGAGGUAGAGGUAAAAAGGUGAACGAAGAGGAGCAAGGGACGGGUGAUAGUGAAGAACAUGACGAUGAGGGCGAGGAGAUCCAUCCAGCUGAAUCAAGCAUGACGGCUCAGCGGCGGGUAGGUGGUGCAAGCCUCCACGAGGAGGAGAGAGACGAAAUCGAUGGUGAUAUGUCGUUGGAUAGUGCGUUGGAAUCUGGUAGUCGACCAUCAGGAAUUGGUAGUCCUGGAAGAUACCCAUCUUCUGGUCCUGCUGAUGAAGGUCAAGGUGAAGUCGAAGAGAAGGAGUACUGA